AUGACCAUUGAAAUACCAACAGAAUUCCUUGAUGUUAUUGCUGCACUUGUUCAGGACAGCGAUGAACAUUUUACUGUGCUUGUCAAUCGUAUCAAUGAUAUCCUAUCCCCUUUUCAGAGAAAAGAAGAUGUGGCACACAGGUAUGAUUUAGCCAUUGAAAAAGCAGUCAAGGCCAUUGCUCAAAAAAUGCCUUAUGGACUUGGACAUGCAGACUAUGUCUCUAUGGAACAUCAUGCGCCCAAUGUGCCCUGGGUAAGUGUCGAGUUAGAUCAUAUCCAUCUGAUUCGACUUUGUAGCAUCUUUGUAUUUAUCGAUGGGAAGUGA